AAGUUUACCGAGCACGGCCUUAGACAGUUCAAAGCCAACAUUGGUCUCAUGGCUACGUAAAAUGAGUACGUCACACUUGUUCAAGAAACAUCUCAACCACGCAAUAUAAAACAUUUGUCCUUACCAAGUACCAAAUUACGUCAGUAAGAGAUAUUGCUCUUGCCACUUUUUCCCCCUGCAUGCAAACAUGAAUGAACUAAAGGCACCGAAAGAGCUAUCUUAACCAUACGCACAAAAAAAUAUAUCAAGUAGCGUGGAAGUUUUCAUCGUGAAACUUGAGGACAAGAUCGUAAUCAGAUUUUUUUUUGUUCACCAAACUGUUACUCGUCAUUUAAAACACGGUUUAAUCUGUUUCAUCAUAGCACAUUACAGAGGUAAAAGCUAUAUUAAUCCAUCGUCUAAUGACAAUUUGCUCUUAGUAUAUUUUUGAACUGCCAGUGGUAUAGAAGACUAAUUCUCGAGUCGUUCUCAAAGUGUCAUAUUUGUGUAUACGUAGCUUCAGUUUAUAUUUAAUAAUUCGCACCGGCAUGACACCUAAACCGUUGUCUUUACCGUGCCUGGAAAAGUCUCCAGAGGUCUACGAUGAUGAGUACGAAAAUCCCCAAGGUCCUGAAACAAUCGACAAAACGCUGGAAACAAUUCGUGAGGAUCCUUCAAUUGUGAAACAAAAUCUAGCUCAGCUGCGCGAGUGGAUCGCAAAGCAUCCACACAUUCGGCAGUGCCGUACGGAUGCUCGCUUUCUGUUGCGUUUUCUACGCGCUAGGAAACACUCCUUCCUCGGUGCAUCGCAGGUGCUCGAGCGUUAUUUAGCAGCUAGAAUUAUUCAUCCAGCCUGGUUUCAACGCUUGGACAUCCACGAUCCGGAGCUGGCAGAUCUAACCGAUAUCGGAUUUCUGUACGCACUGAAGGAACGUACCCCAGACGGAUGUCUAGUGAGUUUGUGCGACUGGGGAUUGCUUGAUCCGAAGCGUUACACCGUCGAUCAUAGCAAUCGUAUGCAUGCAUUAUUGGCUGAGGCGUACAGUGAGGAUGCACUGUUCCAGUGUGCUGGUGCGGUGGCUAUCUUUGACCUGCAGCAUUUGCAGCUAGCCCAUCACAGCAUAGUGUCGCUGAGCGUGUUACGGCAGGUGGCGCACUAUGUUAACAACGCCGUACCGUUACGCUGUCAAGUGAUCUACGCUGUUAACGUACCGACUGGUGCACUGUGGAUUGUAAAUGGUUUGUUGGGAUUUUUGAACGAAAAGAUCCGCAACCGUUGCAGUUUGUUUCGUAAUUAUGAUGAACUAGCGGAAAAGAUUGAUCGAAACUUGCUGCCAAAGGAAUACGGUGGUAAGGAACCGAUAAGCGAGCAUAUUCGGGUAUUUCGCGAGCAGUGUGAGCGUUACCGGGAGCGCAUGUUAACGUUAGACGAAAUGGAGAUCGACCUUGAUCAUGAUGAACCUUACUCACGGCACGCUAUGUUGGAUGAUAUCGAGGGUGGAGCAGUUGGAAGCUUCCGUAAGCUGGAGCUCGAUUAAAUUAAUGGUCCCAAAUGUCUCCAAAAAAGACAGGUUUUACAGACACAAAAAACUGGCGUAAAUCUCUUUUUACUUUAAAUAUAAAUUUCAAUCCUUUACGCAUUCAAGCACACUGAAUUAGUAAUAGCGUAUUACUCCAAACUGAAUUGAACCAUAACAGCAUUUAAAAUUUAAUCUAUUUUAAACAGCCUACAUUCAUAAUCUUUCCUUUUCGUCCGUUAUACACCUCCUCAAAUGGCGCGUUCACAACCGUAUGCGGGUUUACAACUCAAUCUUCUGUGUAACCUACACCCACCAUAAUUGGAAUAUGAUACGGCAAAUUAGUGUUUGAGUACGUCCCGCAUUUCGUACGAACGAGGUGAAACGAGAAAGUAGGGAUUUAAGAAAAAAAAACAUAAGCUCCAACAUAAAAUAUACACACCGCUAUAAGAGGGAUUGUGGGCAGCUUUGAUAUUUCAGUUAGCACCCUAACCAGCAGCAGAUCUGGUUCCAAUCGUCAAAAAAGACAGCUUCAAACAACAGGUUUCUCAGCUAUCAUCUCGCGACCUAAAGCUCGCUCAAGGGGAAGACUAUAACCUUGUAAGCAACCGUUACUAAAAACAUAAGGUCAGCUGCUUGAAGUGUGCUACAGCACAAGCUUGUGUGGUUGAAGAAAAAAAAAUCCAACCCGUAUAUAAAAGCCGUAAAAAAGAGAACUAUUUGGCGCACAUAAAAAGGACGAUGAGCUAGUUUAGAUCAGAGCGGAUUUGUAGAACACGACAAGCAAAAACCAUCCAAGAACGUUACUGCAAAACAGGGACACUAAAUCAGCGCACGAUAUAAACCGGAGCGAUGAUUGUGGUCUUAAAAUAAAGUACCAGUGCGCUACAACGUAACUAGCACACACGAACAUAUCGCGUGUCAAAAAACAGGAAUGAAUGCCUCGAGAAAGGACACGUUUCAAAUAAGUACAUCGAAGUAAGGAUAAAAAAACGGCUGGUCUUGAUAUGUGGUUUUAAAUUUUAAUAAAACAAACAAGAAAAUGGAGAACUAAACUUGAUUUUUUUUUAUUUUUACAACCCGAACAAAUAGGAGAAAAUUUAACUAAGAAUAAUUUUUAAAUUUGUUAAUUGUGGCAAUAAUUUAUUAAUUUUUUAAAGCUUUUAGGGUGUCUUUACAUAACAAGCGCAUUAUAAAAUCUAUGUUUUUAAAAUUUGAAUUCCAAUAAACAAUAGGGUUCUUAUUAAUUGGUGUUUACUUAGGCUGGUGGCAUUGCUCAGUCGUACAUGAUUUUUUUCAAAAUUUUGUAUGGGUUUUAACAGCAGCCAAAAUUGUCAUCCGAUUUUAUCUGUCAGAUCCCUGACGACUGUACGACUGUCGGAGCACUGCCACCAGCCUUAGUCUAUCCUAUUUUGAAUACUGCAAAAAUCCUAGUACUACGGGCAAACACAACAGCAAUGAUCGUAUGACACCAUAAGUCAUUCUUCGGCGUAGUGGGUUCGCUUGCAAGGGUUUGGUUCCUCCUCCUCCCAUCUCUUCUUUGGAUAAGAAUAUUUCGGCAUAGUUCAAUACUCAAACUCAAAACACUUUCUACAGGAAGUGUCUCUCUUUUCCAUCUUAUGAUAAAUUUUAAAUUCAUAAUUUUUUAGGUCAAGAUAUAAUCAUUGACCUUAUCCUUUGUGUAUUAUUGCCCAUUGUGCAGAUGUAGCAUUUUCUUUUUUUCGCUGAAGAACAGCUGACCUAUGCAUCGAAUGGGUUGACAUUUUUCUUUUUGGUUGUAUUAAAAUUAUUCAAAUUUCAUAACUGAUCAUUAAACCGGCAGUAGGUAGAUGACAUUUAGAGUAACUAAUUUAAAAAGAAUUAUUUCUUAUCUUCAAUAUUCAAAAACUUAAAUAGUAAAAUAGUUAUUGGUGUAAGAACGAUCCUUUAAACACUCAGAAGCAAUGUAAACAAGUAAAAUUAGCUUUAAAUUUAGGAUUUUUUCUACCAACUACUACUAUUCCUAUGGGAGUUCCAGAACGUAUCCUACACAUACCAUAAACGGUAAAUUCCUUCCUUUCAUUCUUCACAAACUUAUGACACAGCUAUGAUAGUCCAGCACUCCUAGAGCGAACGUCAAGAAGCGUCAAGAUUGAUACCGGGCACGGAUUUUGAUGCUAGGUUGAUGUACAAAUGUGUGACAUUUUACGGUGGAGUAAAAACUAAAUAAAUAUUCCCACACAUAGCAAAUGGUGCAACGCGAAUAGCAUACGAUUUUCCGUUCGUGUUUUGCACCAUGCAGAAGAGUACACAGCACCCAAGGCCACUGUAAUACAUGUAAGGAAAUGCUUUCUCACCGGAAAGUUGUUUUUUUUUGGUGCAGCAGACUCUUGCGUGUUGGAGAGACGAAACGAGCAAAACGAACGAAAAGAAUUGUCAUUUGAGUUGAGUGCAGCCUUUUUUCCUGCGAUGAGGGAAAGGCAAUAGGUGUGGCGAGAAGAGGAAUAAAUAUGGCCUCAUAAAUGAAAUCCAAUCUUCAUGAUUUACUUUUGUACUUCACUCAUCAUUGGAGCGCUGUUUGAGCGAAGGAUGUAGAAGGCAAUCCAUGCUCCCGUGUCAUAUGCUGCAAGCAUAUUGCAUACCAGCGGUCUAGCUGCAGCUGCUACACCAUCAUAUUCCAGUGCCACCCCGUCCAAACCGAUCGUACAACCCCAAAACCCACACGGUACGACGUGUGACAUGAUGUUUGCCGAUUUGAUUGGGACAUACUGCUGCUUCGUACGGUUCCACUCGGUUCUCAAUGAGGUUGUGUUUGACGAACAUUAUGCAGAGAGUUCUGAUGCCUGCAAAAAGGGGUCCGAAUACUAUAUCGCCAUUCGGUACCAUGGCUUAAGCGAUUGAAAGGGCAAACCAGACGGGCAGAAUAUUUCUGUGCAUGUAAAUAGAGUAAGAAAAAUGGUCCGUUUUCCAACUGUUAAACAUUUUUUUUUUUUGAACGCCCGUUUGUCCAAACAUCGUCUACCAUUCGUUCUGGUAUGAGAGGUUUUUUUCCUUCUCCGAUAUGUAGAUUUUCAGCAGCAUUUUAAUACUACCAAGCUCCCUCUCCAUUUGCUUACCCCAUGUGUUAACAAAUCGCUACGACGAUACACCCGCGCGGCGUGAGCUUGUAUGAAGAGGCGAGCAAAUAAUCGCAGGAGGAAGAAUUUAAAAUAAUCACUAUGAACCACUUGACAACGCACGCAAACCGGGAACGGAAGGGUCUCAUCAACGUUGAUGGAUUUUUUUGUUGCUUGACGAACGAACAGGGGACACAUCAGCACCAAGGCGCGCUAACAAUUAGAUGAGUAAAUUGCAACGGGGGAAAAGGUUUAUUGUACCAACAAGGACGACACGAUACUCUGACAAAUGUGCUGCAAGGAAUAUUAAAUAAUCCUGCGUAAUGUAAUUGAUAGAGAAAAAAAACAUAGUCUUUAAAAAUAAAUAAUGAUUUAUAAAAACUUGGAUAGAAACUGAGAUAUGGAUUGCCUGUUCUUAUGCAACCCACGAUACAUGGAGCAUAAAAUAAGUAAAAAAAAAAAGAUGAACGGGUGAUCAAGAUAAAAAUUUAAAUAAUAGCAUACAAAGCACGACGAAUAGGAAAUUAACAUGUUCCCUUGGUUGCGGUAAUAGAUAUUCCAAUAUAAUUUAAAUUAAUAUAACUAUUAAUCUAACUGUUCAUACACAUUUUUUUAUUCAUGUAGAACAGCCUGGCUGUAGUGAUAUACACACAAUAUUAAUCAUGCCAUUUAUUGAUCGAUUUUCUCAUCCUAUUUUUGAUAUUAGUUACUAUAUUUCGUACAAUGUUAUAAGUAUUUUGAUAUUUUUAAUUAUUAUUAACUAUUUAGACAUCGAAUUUAUUUAUGACCAAUCAUCGUUAUGAUUCUCAUUGUGCGGCAAUUAUCAAAAAAAAUGGGUGGAAUUUUUAUAAUUUCGUUUUUCCUAAUGCCAAAAAUUGUACACAACUAAAAUAAGCCAAAAUUAAUAUAAAACUGUGGAGUUUUAAAUGGAAAAUGCUAUAGUGAAAUGCCCUUUUAUUCUAAUAUGACCGACCUCAGCCCAAUAACCAAAAAACAUGAAU